AUGCGGUCCAUACGGCGGAUUAGCGAAGAUUUGCUUCUGAGCCUGCCACAGACGGAGGAGGUUGCUGUCAUCUAUUCCGGCGGCUGCCUUGCUCGAGCUGGACGGAUGAGGCGGAUCCCGUUUAGUGCGAAAAAGCUUGAAUCAGGCGUUCUUCGCUUUCCUGUAUCCCGUAGCCGUCUGAAGACCUGCAAAAAGCAAUCUUUCAACUCCUGUGGGGAAGCUACCAACUUUCAGCCAACCUUCAGCGGCGUGGCCUUCCGCCCUCUAAAGGAACUUCCCCUGAUCAGCUUUGAAGAGAAGAAAAAGAUCCUAGGUUCUGCGGUCCCAGCACCAGACGAGUACCGAGAAAACCACCAUGAUGAUCAGCCGUUGUUUUGGCAGGAGAGCAAGCCCAUUGCUUUGUGGUUGGCUUUGCUGGAUGAACUUCGAAUCCAAAGCGUCUUCGACGUGUCCGCAGGAAGUGGGGCCCUGAUGGAAGCAUGCCUCACACGGGGAAUUCGGUAUCACGGCUUGUGCAUCAACAAAGAGCACAUGUCCUGGGUCCAGGCAAUUGCCGACAGGGCUGCGUGUGGGUUGAUUUCGGUCCAAGGCAGCACAUUGUUUUCUGACGAUCUUGCCAAAGCAGUCAAGGAGCGGUUCCCUGAAAUCCUGCAGGCAUUGGCUUGUGAUGCUGAUGAGGUUGAAAUUUUGGAGCCUGAUAGUGACGACAACUAG